AUGACAUUUUCCAUCACCUUGUUCAAGAGAAGCGUUUAUGAUAUUUACAGAUUGACCAGAUUGACAGUCAUCGGAGUUUCGGAGAUCCGACUCAUCGCAAAUGUUGUUCAUCUUUAUCAAACUGCUCAUCGCACUUUAGUCGUGUCUAGUUUUCGGCUUCUCAAGGAAGAGUGGUGUCACGUCUUAUCUGCCGCAGUACAAGGGUUCCGUUGCAAUCGAGCGAUGUCAGGUGGUUCACGAGGCAUAGUGGCUCUUUUCAAAUCUACGGAUGAAACUACUUCUAAUGACGAUCGCUACUUAUCCAUUCUAGAAGAGAACAACUUUAUAGGAAUGUUGGUCCCAACACUCUCAUUUCAGUUUCAAACAGAACAUCUAAGAGAAUGUCUUAAUCAACCGGAAAAAUACUCAGGAAUGAUAUUAACGAGCCAGAGAUCUGCAGAAUCUGUUAAUAAAGCUUUUGCUGAUUUGUCUGAUGCAUGGAAAGAGAAGCGACACUAUUGUGUUGGUAUUAAAACCGCAGAAACGGCUGCGACGCUUCUUGGCUUAAAGAAUCUGGCAGGACAAGAUUGCGGAAAUGCAGCGAAUCUCAGUUCAUUAAUAGUGCAGGAAUUUCAAAAUGGUUAUCUCCCGCUGCCACUCCUAUUUCCGUGUAGUAGCUUAAAGAUGGAUACUCUUCCGCGAACACUAGCAGAACACGAUGUAUCCAUUGAAAUAGUAAACAGCUACGUGACUGUUCCCCACCCACUUUUACAGGACUUUGUUCUUCAACUGUCCCAUAAAGUACCUGAUUAUCUAGUUUUUUUUAGCCCUUCUGGCGUGAAUUUCAGUUUACCAUUCAUUCGGGAAUUGGGCUUAAUCGCCAAUUCUAAAAUUAUUAGCAUAGGUUCUACUACAGAACGUGCUUUGCAGGAUUCCAACAUUUCCGUUAGCCGAGUUUGCAGAAAACCAACUCCGGAAGAUUUCAUUGCAGCAAUUAAUUCUUUAUCUUAA